ACUUUACCGUCCCAUAUGUUCAGUCCUCUACACUCAACUCAAUUGUUCCUGUUCCUCUGCUCCAGAUGCUGAGUGUGAGCGAGACAUAGACACAGACAUACACACACACACACACACACACACACACACAGAGGACACUGACAGAGGACUGAGGCAGGAAACUGAACUUCCAUCAACACCUCUGAAGAAGACUAAGAAAAUAAGAGCCUUUUUUAGAGCACCAAUCUCCUUUCUUUUCCUCCCUUCUCUGUUUUUGGUGCUGGAUUGAAGUUGAGAGGGAGGGAAGGCGGCAGUAGCGCGUGCAGACGGCGGAGAGGAAAGGACGAAAGGAAGAGGGGAAUAGAGGAGAAGAGCUGGCUGCACAGCAGGUUGCCCACUCUGACAGCAGAGAAGUCCAUGACCCUGAACUAAUACAGCGAUGGACAGGAAAAGUGCCAAUGGCUACCCUAAGGCCGGAGGAGAGUGUGGAGGUGGGGGUCAGAAGAAGCAGCUGCCCUACUCCGUAGAGACCCCCUACGGCUUCCACCUGGACCUCGACUUCCUCAAAUAUGUGGACGACAUCGAGAAAGGCAACACCAUCAAGCGGGUGCACAUCCAGCGCAAGGCCAGGGGUCCUCCUAAGUUCAGCACCCUGCCCAGGAACUUCAGCCUGCCUGGGCAUGCGGCAAGAUCGGCCCCCAAGGACACCUGGUCUUCCACCUCUACUCUGGGACCCAAGCCCCGGGGCAGAGUCACAGAGGUCCAGCAGUUCUUGGAUUUUAGAGCCAGUGAUGGAGGCAGUGGUAUGGCGGGGGGGCAGAGCCAGAGCAGCAGGGCGCAGGGGAGUGGCUUAUCCCCGGCCAGGCCCAGGGAGGAGGCAGGGGCUGGGGUGUCAGCCGAGAAGCCCCUGGGGAGGCCCAACCUCCUCCGGACGUCCAGCAUGCCCAUUACCAUCCCUCACAGGAAGGCCUCUGAGUCCGGUGACGAGAGAACCGAGAACGGCUCAUCUGAGAACGUAUUCCGCGCUGUGCCCCAGGACCGGUCGGGGCUGCACCAGCAGAUCACCGCUGCCCUGAAGAGGGUCAGAGAGCUGGAGGAUAUGGUGAGGACCAUCCCAGAGCUCAAGUCCCAGAUCUGCUCACUGAGGGAGGAGAGAGAGCAUCUGAUCCUCAGGCUACAGGCCCAAACCAAGCCCCAGGCUCCACUCCCCCCACAACGUGCCUCGCCCUGUCCGGCUCAGAGCAUUGAUCCUCAGCCGCCGGGGUCUGGAGCAGUAGUUGAUACCGGGAGAGCAGAAAGCACUGCAUCAGAGACAGAAACACAACAGAAAUCCUUAAAAAGUACUGCACAAGAAGCAGAAGCAGAUAGGCUUUUAGCAGCACAGGCAUCAGAGGGACCAGACCUACAAAGAGAGGCAUUAGUGAAUCCAUUAGAGAAAACAGCAGAGCUAUCAGAGGACGUUAUAGUACAGAAAGCACCAGAACCUUCAGAGAGAGGAGUGAUAGAGGGAGUCAGUGGUGAGGGGGAUCUCCUCAGCAUCGAACAGCUCCAGGCUAAGCUAGUAACACUAGAGGCUAAGUUAAGUCAGGCUAGUGAAGAGCUGGAGGAAACCAACAGUCUCCUCAGACAACAGGUAGAGGACAACAGGAUGAAGGAGGAGAGGAUACUUCAGCUAAGUGAGGGAGGGAGAGAAGGAAAGGAGGAGGUGUGUGGGGAGAGACAUACAAGUAGGAGGACCAGUGUGGACCAGCAGACAGAGUCAGAGAGAGUGGUCAUUAUAAACCAGGGGACAGAGACAGAGAGAGUGGUCAUUAUAAACCAGGGGACAGAGACAGAGAGAGUGGUCAUUAUAAACCAGGGGACAGAGUCAGAGAGGGCUGAUAUGGUGGAGCAGGGGACUGAUACAGAGAGGAUAGUAAUAUGUUUAAUCAGAGAGAGAGCUAACAGUGUGGACCAGGGGACAGAGACGGAGAGAGUGGAAGCGGUGGACCAGGUGGCCGAGACAGAGAUGAUUAUUGCAUGUCCAGUCAGACCAAGGGGUAACAGUGUGGAUCAGGGGACAGAGACAGAGAGAGUGAACACUGUAAACCAGGUGACAGAGACAGAGAAAGUGGACACUGUAAACCAGGUGACAGAGACGCCGCCUGGAGACAGAUUAGACCAGGGGACAGAGACACAGAUAGUAGUCGGUGUGGACCAGAUGACAGACACAGCACCUGUACGUCCAGUGAGACCAGCAAGACACAGGGCUAACAGUGUGGACCAGGGUAAAGAGACACAAAUACAGGCAGGAGUCAGUGUAGACCAUGGGAAAGAGACAGUGGAUACUGCGAACCAGCUGACAGAGACAGAGACACAGACAGCACCUGUACGUCCAGUGAGACCAGCAAGACACAGGGCUAACAGCGUGGACCAGGGGACAGAGACAGAGAGAGUGGGUACAGUGGACCAGGUGACAGAGACAGAGGCAGCGCAGAGUGCAGACCAGCAAACAGAGACAGAGAGAGACAGAGGUGAGACUAGCAAUACCCCACAUAGAGCUAUAGAGAUAGAAAGUGCAGCUAUAGUAAGUGCAGCCAUAGAAAGUGCGGUCACAGAAAUUUCUGGAGCAGAAAUUGAUGUCGCAGAAAGUGCUAUCAAAAAUGGGGAUAUCACUGAGAGUGCAGUAACUGAAGAAGGUUUUGUAAUUAUAGAAUGUGUGGACACAGAAAGUAUGGUCACAGAGAAUGUGGUCACAGAAAAUGUUGACACAGAAAGUAUGGUAACAAAGAGACAAGAAGUGGUAGUAGAGAAUGCAGUUGAACAAAUUACAGUGACUGAAAGUGUGCUUAAACAGUGUACGGCCAAAGAGGGUACAGUCAUAGAGAGUGUGGUCACAGAAGAGAGUGUGGUCACAGAAGAGAGUGUGGUCACAGAAGAGAAUGUGGUCACAGAAGAGAGUGUGGUCACAGAAGAGAAUGUGGUCACAGAAGAGAAUGUGGUCACAGAAGAGAGUGUGGUCACAGAAGAGAGUGUGGUCAAAGAAGAGAGUGUGGUCACAGAAGAGAAUGUGGUCACAGAAGAGAGUGUGGUCACAGAAGAGAAUGUGGUCACAGAAGAGAGUGUGGUCACAGAAGAGAGUGUGGUCACAGAAGAGAGUGUGGUCACAGAAGUCUCUUUCCCCUGUCUCUGUCACCUGGUCCACACUGUUAGUGUGGUGAAAGAAAGUCCUGUAGUCCCAGAGAGCCCAGUAGCAGCACCCACCCCCUCUUCCAGCCAGACCCAGCCUCAACCGGGUCAGAAGGAGUCUGUGCAGCCCCAGGCCCAGCCUCAGACCCAGGACCCUCGUCGGGGCUCCAACCCAGCAUUAGGCCAGGUAGUAACACGCCUCACAGGGCUGAUUAACGAGCAGUGGGCCCAGCUGGGUAGCAGCCAAGAGAAGCCGGACAAGCAGGAGACCCCCAGCCCCAGCACCCAGAAGCUUGCAGCCAGGCAGGGGAAGCCCGCUGCGGGGAAGCCUUCAACGGGCAAAUCAGCAGGGAAGUCAGGGCCGUCUAAGAUGAGCUCCAUCCAGAGCCAGCUGGUCAGCUCCCUCAGUGCCCUGUCUGCAUUCUACUCCCCUGGACAGAAGGCUGCUGCCAGCAAACAACAAGGUCUGAAAUCCAUCAUGAAGAAGAACGGUGCUGCUGACAAGCAGGGGGAACAGAGGAGGAGCCAAGAAGAACCUCAAGUUUGUGGGAGUCAACGGAGGGUAUGAGACCACCUCCAGUGAGGAGGAGUCGAGCGGGGGAGGAGGAAGGAGGAGGCCGAGGAGGUGGACAGCUCUGAGCCCGAGGAGAUGCAGGAGGAUCAGGAGAAGAAGGAGCAGCAGGAGGAGGGAGCUGGAGAAUCCCAGGGCCAGGGAGAGGCCACUGCCAC